GUGUAUUUCUCACUGUCCCGCACUUUCCUCACUUUACUGACUCAAAAUCACACUUUACUGGACUUUACAUUAAUGUAUUGCACUCACACUCCCUUAUCUCUACCUUCUCCUUCUCUCCCUCGAACUCAUCCUACACAGCUGCCAUAAACAGGUGCGGCUGUGUUCCAGUCACGUGACAGAGCUUUCCUCCGCUCUGAACCUUCUUCGUCACUGUCGUGCGCAACGCUGGAGGUGAAUGCUGCCAACAACGCAACAACAACUCCCCUGGAGAAGAAAUACUGGCCUCUGGACUACUGCACUUCCACUCGCACCACCCAUUGGAGGGUAACUUCAAGAUGAAGGCCACUGCUGGUGACACUCACUUGGGUGGUGAGGAUUUCGACAACCGUCUCGUCAACCACUUCGCGCAAGAAUUCAAGCGCAAGCACAAGAAGGAUCUUUCCUCCAACCCUCAUGCUCUCCGUCGUCUACGGGCUGCUUGCGAGCGUGCUAAGCAUACUUUGUCGUCGGCUACACAGACUUCCAUUGAAAUCGACUCCCUCUUCGAGGGUAUCGACUUCUACACUUCCCUCACUCGUGCCCAUUUCGAAGAGCUGUGCGCGGACCUGUUCCGCAGCACGCUCGAACUCGUCAAGAAGGUUCUCCGGGAUUCCAAGAUCGACAAGGCCAAUGUCCACGAAAUUUUUCUUGUCGGUGGUUCUACUCGUAUUCCCCGUAUCGUCAAGCUCGUGUCCGACUUCUUCAAUGGCAAGGAGCCCAACAAGAGCAUCAACCCUGAUGAGGCUGUUGCAUACGGCGCUGUCAUUCAGGCUGCCAUCCUUUCUGGCGACACCUCUGAGAAGACCCAAGAUCUCCUGCUUCUCGAUGUCUCUCCUCUAUCGCUCGGUAUUGAGACCGCCGGUGGUGUCGUGACCGCUCUCAUCGAGCGCAACACCACUGUCCCCACUGAGACAGUCUCGAUAUACUUGGGCAGCCAGCCUGAUGUCUUGACCAAGGCUGCUGCUUUCAGCAGCGGUCAGCUGACAUCAGCUGGCCCCUCUCUGGCUGCCCCCUUUUCAAGAAUUUCUACUUCUGCACUACCAUCACAGCUCAGCAUGGGCAUCCAAGGGCUAUGGGAGGUGAGCGAAAUAAAUCCAUGGCGGUAUUGA